UGUGUGUGUGUUUGUGUGUCUGUGUGUGUGUCUCUGCGUGUGUGUGUCUCUGUCAGAUUCCCCGACCAGGAGCUGAGGAGGACGGCUGUCCAAUGGAUGGACUCCAUCUCCGAUCCAGAGCUGCUCGACUUCCUGCCGCAGCUUGUCCAGGCUCUGAAGUACGAGUGUUACCUGGACAGCUCUCUGGUUCGGUUCCUCCUACGUCGAGCCAUCGGGGACGUCCGCGUCGCUCACUACCUCUUCUGGCUGCUGAAGGACAACCUGCAGGACAGCCAGUUCAGCGCUCGCUAUCAGCACCUCCUGGCGGCGCUGCUCUGCUGCGUCGGCCGCGGCCUCCGAGAAGAGUUUGACCGCCAGUGCUGGCUAGUGUCCGUCCUCGCCGCGGUGGCACACCGGGUCCGAGAAGCAUCGCCGUCCAACAGACAGGUAGGGGGACUAAGACGUCCAAUAGACAG